AUGAGUGGUAAGAUAAAGAUUAACAUUAACUUACAGCUUGGACGGCCGUUAGAAAUAAGGAAGGUUAUUUUGCGGAGAUUUUGCGCGGUUGCUAGAAUUUCGCCAGCGCUGCGGGGAAAAAGUACGAGACUCCUUCCGGGCUCAGAAUUUUCAUGGCAGUGUGGUUCCUUCCUGUGGCCCCUUCUUGUGGCGCCUGCUUAAUUGCGUCUGCCUCCGCUAGCAAUGUGGGAGGGUCCGUCUUGUGGCCGAAGGCAGAGACUUUGCCACUAGACCUAAAAAGAAAACGCGAAGAAGUGGCUUUUGACUUUGUGGACUAUUCAGGAAAAUCUGUCCGGUUAUUUUAUGAAAAGCGGCUUUUUUGUGAGCUGGUUAUUUUACAGAAAUGUGGACUGUGCCGCCGUGAUUAGAUUUUUGCUCGGGCGUUUGUUCGUAAAAUAACCAGCCGCAGUCUUGUAAAAUAACCCGUAAAAUAACCAAACGCGCAGUCAGCUCCAUUCCCGCCCUUCUCAAACAGCGCAAUCGCGAUGGUAUCGCGCGACAGAAAAACCGACAAUAUGGCGCGUUUUCAACUCUAGCCCGAUGGUGUGCUGGGUUUCCUGCAUAGUUUGCGCGUGCAGGCUCUAAAAGAUUAGCGACGCAGGUAGCUUGGCUCGGUCAUUAGUCAAGGCAUGAGCAGGAUGUCUGGAAAAAUAGGCGCUGAUGGUUGAUGGCGUAAAAUCUCCGCAAAAUAACCAGUGCGAAUUCUAAUGGGUGUCCAAGCUCUAAACAUUAACAUGAGCACGAGCAUCGUUUAUUUUCUUCCACUUCCACAGCAUUAGCAUCACAUACACAUUGUGAAUUUCAACUUUCAUCAAGAAUUUUGUAUCGUUAUCUCGUCGGCAUUCUUCUUGCACUCGGAGGUAUUUUGUAGUCUGCACACAUAAAGAAUCUCGUCACGGACCAGCAGCAGUGGCUUGAAGAGUCGGGACUGCAGCUGCAUUGUACUUCGUCUGUAUGUCAUUCUGAUUAAUUUCCACUUUGAAAACUUCAACAUCUAGUGUUAUCUAAGAAUCUUAUUUCCUUUCACAGCGGUCUCUGACCAUCUUCUUUGUUCCAGCUUCUUCCAGGUACAUUUACAUUUGUUUUACCUCAUUUUCUGUUUUUGCAUAUGGUUUACUUCUCUCCCAUCUGGGAGAGCGUUUAGCAUUGUAUUAUCAAAAAUCUUGUGAUAAAAAUCUUGCUUCGGCCACUUCCGCAAUCCCUCUCGAUGUACGAUAUAGUGUUGGUAUUUAUUGAUGAAAGUCCAAGAUUCUUGUAUUCCGUCUAUUUGAAAUUGAAAGACUGUUGCAGCUAACGAACCCUGCCUAGGUCGUGUUUUUCUGGUACAUUACUUGAGUCAGAAAAUUUCUCAUCCUGUCUUGUAUUU